UCUGUCGGUUGAACCUACAGACGUGGAUUCGGUGCUGCUGCUGAUCAUGUUCACGUCCCGUUAUAGUCACACACCAGCAUCUCUGCUCUAGCAGGCUUUUUUAACGUCUGUCACCUCUAAGCCUACUGACAAACUGGGAUAUAUUAUAUUUUUUAUUUUCUCUGUCGCCAUCUCUCCGUCGCUUAUCGGUGAGAAAGAGGUAGGCAGGCUCGUUUCCCCGUGGAAGAGGGCAGCCUAUAGCGGUGGCCAAGGGCAUUUACUCCGUGGUCUCGUUGUCUGGAUGAUUUCUGAUUCUGGUGAUUUUCAAAAUAUUUUAUUUGAAUCAUGGCGACUGAUUCCCCUGCCCGGAGUCUGGAUGAGAUCGAUCUGUCUGCUCUACGGGACCCAGCAGGCAUCUUUGAGCUGGUGGAGUUGGUGGGCAAUGGAACCUACGGACAGGUGUACAAGGGUCGUCAUGUCAAGACAGGGCAACUUGCAGCCAUCAAGGUCAUGGAUGUCACCGGGGAUGAGGAAGAGGAGAUUAAAGCAGAGAUCAACAUGUUGAAGAAGUACAGCCACCAUCGGAACAUUGCCACCUACUACGGUGCCUUCGUCAAGAAGAACCCUCCUGGCAUCGACGACCAGCUAUGGGUAUGUGUGUGUUUGCAUCCAUGUGCGCCUGCGUGAGUAUGUGCACAGGUGUGUGUGUGUGGUAAACUUUCUCUCUCUCUUUGUCUCUCUCUCUCUUUGAAAGAGAGAGAAGAGAGAGAGAGAGACAAAGAGAGUGUGUGUGU